UGUCCCUAAACGACAACAACAGAGGGAGCUGUUGCUUCCUCUGAAAGAAUCAGUUGUCUCCACAAUUGUUGCAGCAGCCUGUCUUCACCGUUUCCCUCCCUCUGAUUCACAGUCCUGCCGUAGAGGAGCCACCUCCACAUCUCCCUCCUCCCUCUGCCGCUCUCCUUCCCCCCUCUCGAGAGGCGAGGAAGAGGAGCGGUUGAGCUCCACGCUCCAACACCAGAAGUGUGUUUUCGGAUCCACACUGUGCACGGCUGCAGCGGCAGCAGCAGCCAUGCAGACCCACGCCUGACAGCUGCACUGGCAAAAGGCUGCAGCUCAUCAGAGGGAAGCCGGCGUCUUACUUUGAGGAGAAGAUUACAGAAGACCAGUUACCAGUUGCAGAGAGAGGGGGGGGAUACAACUGAAAGCCCCCUCCCUCGACUCACUUUACUGAGCAAAAACGGAAGGCUUUGGAGUAUUCAAUUUUUUCUUUCGUUUUAUAUUUUUCUUAUUCCUCAUCGCGGUGCUGGGAGGUGCUUCAUCUUUUCAUAUAGUCUCUCUCUCUGUCAUCUGCCUCCUCAUCUAUUUCUCCAUCUACCUGGUUUACAAUUUCAUAUAUUUAUGACUGAGAGAAAGGAGCUCUCUUUUCAUUUUUUUCACACCAUUUCUCUCCUCCUUCCCAUUUCACCUGAUCCAUCCAUCGCCUCUUUUCUGUCCUCAAACUCUAACGUGAUGAUAAACUUGGAUGAAUUUUCUUCAGACUUCUAGAAAACAAACCAAACAACAGCUCCUCAUAAAUGACUUUUUUCCCCUUUCCCCCUCUCUUUUGGUCCCUCCACACCCAUUUUAUUUGCGUCACUCUCUUGCGGGAUUCUUAAAUAUUUUUCUAGAGCAGAGCGAGGAGCCGGCCGCCGCGCAGAUGAUCAUGACUGACUAAAUUAAGCAAAGGCACCGAGUGACAGAAAGCCCAAGAAGAGAACAGAGGAGGGGAAGAAGCGGAGUGCAUCUACUGCUGCUCAUCUCCACGGCAACAGAGCUCACACACUUGCAGAGUUCUUGAAGGAAACCUCGACGAGCUGCAGCACCAGCUUUGGAGGAACUGGAUGGAAAGAGACAGAGACUUGUUCCAUGCUGACGCUUUGACCUCAUAGUCAGAUUUUUUUUUCUCAGUUAUCAACCAUCUCCAGCCUCUAUGAGUUCAUUCAAGCCAGGUCCACUUUGCGUCUGUUUUUCACGCGUGACUCCUUCAGCUCCCAUCCCUUCAUCCGAGGCUAUGAGAGGAGGAGUGGAACCACAGACCUCUCCAUCAUGCCCGUUGUGAGAAGCAGAGCAGAGAUCCGGGCUGGCAAUGUUCAAGGGACGGCAUUUACACUCUUCCACGAUGCUUGUCAGCCUCCACCCUUCUCCCUCCCACCUCCCGGACAAGCGCUUGGAGUUUACCUCUCCUCACUAUUCUGCUUCUUCAGGCCAGUCGUCCCGCCAUCCUUGUCCUCAGCCUCGACUGACCCUUCCCUUCCUGUCCUUCUUCCUUUCUUUGCUCCUCCUCUCCAUCGUUUUGUUACCGGUCUGCGAGUCUCGGAGGGGUGGAGGUCCAGGAACAGGGCCUGGAGGUUCCCCAGGAGGACAGGGAGGCCACAGGGGUGGCGGCGGCCAGCGGGGUGUGAUCAUCCCUCCUCAGUACUCUCCUGGCUCACCAGCGCUGCCUCCUCUCGGCCCUAAAUUGAUUAGCUCACUCAGCAUUGCUGUCAUUUUGGUGGGAAACUCCAGUGAAGUCACCUUGGGGGCGGGACUUGAGAAAGAGGACUUCCUCCACAUCCCAUACCCUCCAAAAGUCGAGGUGGUCACCAUGAACGAGACCGACCCAAAGAGCAUUAUCAACCGGAUCUGUGCACAGAUGACCAGGAACUCUCUGCAAGGCGUGGUGUUUGGGGACGACACGGAUCAGGAGGCCAUUGCUCAGAUCCUGGACUUCAUCUCUGCUCAGACGCACAUCCCCAUCCUGGGCAUCAGGGGGGGCUCUGCCAUGGUCAUGGCCGCUAAGGACGACCACUCGAUGUUUUUCCAAUUUGGCCCCUCCAUCGAGCAGCAGGCCUCCGUCAUGUUGAACAUCAUGGAGGAGUAUGACUGGUACAUCUUCUCCAUCGUCACCACGUAUUACCCUGGUCACGAGGACUUUGUCAACAAGAUCCGCAGCACCAUUGAGAACAGCUUUGUAGGCUGGGAGUUAGAAGAAGUCCUCCUUCUGGACAUGUCCGUGGAUGACGGAGACUCCAAGAUCCAGAACCAGAUGAAGAAACUGCAGAGUCCCGUCAUCCUCCUCUACUGCACCAAGGAGGAGGCCACCACCAUUUUUGAGGUGGCGCACUCCGUGGGCCUCACGGGUUACGGCUACACCUGGAUUGUACCCUCGCUGGUGGCUGGAGAUGCAGACCACGUCCCCUCUGUCUUCCCCCCAGGUAUUAUCUCGGUGUCAUAUGACGAAUGGGACUACAACAUCGAGGCCAGGGUACGCGACGCCGUGGCUGUCAUUGCCACGGCGACCUCGACCAUGAUUUUGGACCGAGGGCCGCACACGCUGCUGAAAUCCAGCUGCCUUGGGACGCCUGACAAAAAGGGCUCUGGCACGGGUCAUUCCAAGGAAAUCUUGAAGUACCUCAUGAAUGUGACGUUUGAGGGUCGAAACCUGUCCUUCAGCGAGAAAGGCCACCAGAUGUUUCCCAAGCUGGUCAUCAUCCUUCUGGACAAGGACCGGCAGUGGGACAGGGUCGGUAAGUGGGAAAGAGGCUCCUUGACGAUGCGGUACCACGUGUGGCCUCGCUUUGAGCUGUACUCGGGAGCGGAGGAGCGGGACGACCACCUUUCCAUCGUGACGCUGGAGGAAGCUCCAUUUGUGAUCGUGGAGGACGUGGAUCCACUCAGUGGGACCUGCAUGAGGAACACAGUGCCAUGUCGAAAGCAGUUAAAGCUCAGCAAUAUGACGGGGGAUUCGGGGAUUUACAUCAAGCGCUGCUGCAAAGGUUUCUGCAUCGACAUCUUGAAGAAAAUCGCCAAAGCCGUCAAGUUCACCUACGACCUCUACCUGGUCACCAACGGCAAACAUGGCAAGAAGGUCAACGGGACGUGGAACGGCAUGGUGGGAGAGGUGGUGUUCAAGAAAGCCCACAUGGCCGUGGGUUCACUCACCAUCAACGAGGAGAGGUCGGAGGUCAUCGACUUCUCCGUGCCAUUCAUCGAGACUGGCAUCAGUGUUAUGGUCUCCCGUAGCAACGGCACAGUCUCCCCCUCUGCGUUUCUGGAGCCCUUCAGCGCCGACGUCUGGGUCAUGAUGUUCGUGAUGCUGCUCAUGGUGUCGGCUGUGGCCGUGUUCGUGUUCGAGUACUUCAGCCCCGUGGGUUACAACCGCUGUCUGGCAGAUGGACGAGAGCCUGGCGGUCCCUCCUUCACCAUCGGGAAGGCGGUCUGGCUGCUGUGGGGUCUGGUGUUCAACAACUCCGUUCCCGUCCAGAACCCCAAAGGCACCACCAGUAAGAUCAUGGUGUCGGUGUGGGCCUUCUUCGCUGUCAUCUUCCUGGCUUCCUACACUGCCAACCUGGCUGCCUUCAUGAUCCAGGAGGAGUACGUGGACCAGGUGUCGGGCUUGUCAGACAAGAAGUUCCAAAAGCCCAACGAGUUCUCGCCGCCGUUCCGUUUCGGCACGGUGCCCAACGGAAGCACCGAGCGCAACAUCCGCAACAACUACAGGGACAUGCACGCCUACAUGACCAGCUUCCACCAGAAGAACGUGGACGAGGCCUUGUACAGCUUGAAGACCGGCAAACUGGACGCCUUCAUCUACGAUGCUGCGGUGCUGAACUACAUGGCGGGCAGAGACGAAGGCUGUAAGCUGGUGACCAUCGGCAGCGGUAAAGUGUUCGCCUCCACCGGAUACGGCAUCGCCAUCCAGAAAGACUCGGGCUGGAAGCGAGCGGUGGAUCUGGCCAUCCUAAUGCUGUUCGGAGACGGUGAGAUGGAGGAAUUGGAGGCUUUGUGGUUGACGGGCAUCUGCCACAACGAGAAGAACGAGGUGAUGAGCAGUCAGCUGGACGUGGACAACAUGGCGGGGGUCUUCUACAUGCUCGGGGCUGCCAUGGUCCUAUCCCUCAUCACCUUCAUCUGCGAGCAUUUGUUUUACUGGCAGCUGCGAUUCUGCUUCAUGGGAGUGUGUUCGGGAAAGCCCGGGGUUACCUUUUCCAUCAGCAGAGGUAUCUACAGCUGCAUCCAUGGGGUACAGAUUGAGGAAAACAAGUCAACUAUAGACUCGCCCUCGUCUACCAUCAAGAAGAACAUGAACAACACCCAUUCCAACAUUCUGCGUUUGCUCCGCACUGCCAAAGACAUGACCGCAGUCCCUGGAAUUAACGGUUCUCCGCACGCAGCUUUGGAGUACAGCCACAGUGGCCGUGAGUCGGCUAUCUAUGAUAUCCAAGAGCACCGGCGCAGCCUGGUGGGUCACCCUGGGGACUGUAAGUCUGCGCCUCCCUAUAUGGCGGAGGACAAUAUGUUCAGUGAUUACAUCGGUGAGGUGGAGAGGACUUUUGGCAACAUGCCCCUAAAGGACAGCAACCUGUACCAGGACCAUUACCGGCACCACCACCCGGCCUCGUCUCUGGGUAUGUCCGGCCCCCCACCUAAUAGGCCUCGUAGCUUAGGCAGCGCUAGUUCUUUGGAAGGUGGCAUGUUCGACUGCGACAGUUUGGGUGGCGGGGUAGCGCCCAUCUUCACUACCCAACCACGUCCCUCCAUGACCCACAGGAAUACAAGUAAAUUCGACCUGAUCGCUGGACACACCCUUAAGGAUUCUGGUCAAAGUGCGUUCAAGGGAAGCAACGCUUACGGAAGGUUUUCUUUCAAAGGAGGCGCAUCCAGCACAGGGCUCAUUGGGGGGCAUGAAAGAUAUUGUGGUGGGGGUGGGGCAGGCUCAGGAAAUGACGAUGGGAACAUUCGAUCUGACGUAUCGGACAUCUCCACGCACACCGUCACCUAUGGCAACCUGGAGGGCAACGCCAGAAGACGUAAGCAGUACAGGGACAGCCUGAAAAAGAGGCCGGCCUCUGCCAAGUGCAGACGGGAGCAGGACGAGAUAGAACUGAACGCCUUCAGAAGGAGACCCCACCACCACACCGUCCACCACCACUUCCCCUACGGGCCUCUGGCACACCGUACGGCCUCACCUCCCCUGGAGCGGAAAAGGGGAGGAGGAGCGGGUAAUUCUUCACCUUUCUUAUUCCGCAAAGACAAAGGCAGCCUGAGGGAAUUCUAUGCGGACCAGUUCCGCUCCAAGGAGGGCAAGGCCAAGUGGGAGCAAGAGGGUGAAAGUGGAGGAAGCGGUGGGGGCGGUGGUAGCGGUGGUGGUAUUUGUCAAAGCUUAGUGCCUGUGGAAGACUUCCUCAAAGGAAAAGGAAAGAAGCAGGACAGCAAAAGCGGGGUUGCUCAGAUGUCAGCUGGGCAGCAAGCUCACACCUGUUGGGAAAAGGGGGUUUCUGGGAUUGGUGGGGGAGGCAUAGCAGGGGGUGACUGGGAGUGUCGUAACUGCCACAGCGUGUGUCAUCACGGGGGAGGUGUAGGAGGCGGCGGCACGUGCCCAGCUAGUGGAGUUGGCGGUAGCAGCAGUCGCCCCAGCUCUGCCACGUGUAAACGCUGUGACUCCUGCAAGAUGCAGCCGAGCAACCUCUACAACAUCAGCGAGGACACCAACAUGACGUUCUCCGGAGGGAAGAGCAGCGUAGGACCCAACCAAACACAAACUCAGGUUCAGCGCAGGAAGCUAGGGCCAGGCGGGAAGGUGUUACGGAGGCAACACUCCUACGACACAUUUGUUGAUCUGCAAAGAGAGGGAGCCAGCCGCAUGGGAGGGGCCGGCGGGGGCGCUGGCGGGCAGUUUCUUCAGCCCCGGAGCGUGAGCUUGAAGGACAAGGACCGUUUCAUGGAAGGUCCUAGCCCCUAUGCUCAUAUGUUUGAAAGGUAUGCAGGUGAGAGGGAGUCUCCAUUGUUUGGAGGCAUAGGCGGUGACAGGGCAGCAGGUGGCUCUUCCUUCAGUUUGUUCCGUGGGGGUGAAGGUGGGUUGCAUCGACGUUCAGUGGGAGAACGAGACCUGAGGGACAGAGAUAGAGCUAUGAUGGGAGGUGGGGGCUGUGGUGGUGGUGGUGGUGGUGGCGGCAGAGGGGCCGGGACUUACUCGUUGUCUAAAUCUCUCUACCCAGAUAAGGUGAACCAGAACCCCUUCAUCCCAACCUUCGGGGACGACCAGUGUCUAUUACACGGUGCCAAACCAUACUACAUCAAAAAACCACAGGCGCAGCAGCAGCAACUACUCAACAACAACCGAGGAGGAGGUGAAUUCCGGGGCUCCAUGGGAGUGACUUCCUAUUUGCCCGCUUCUGCCACAGCUGGAGUUAUGUCUAAUGUGGGCACCAGGUACCCCAAAGAAAUGUGCCUGGGCGGGCCCAUGGGGAACCACCAUGGGGGCAACAAACUGCUUCCUGGAGGCAGGGACACGUUAGGUCUGGGGCCGGGACAGAGACCCUUCAAUGGUGCCAGCAAUGGACACGUAUAUGAAAAGCUCUCCAGCAUUGAGUCAGACGUCUGAUAGUGAAGUCAGAGGAAAAGGAAAAAAGACAAAAAACAUGGCAAAGAGGGAACAAAUGCAACUCCAUGGCAGGAGGAUGAUCGCAGAAGAUACACAACAGUUUGUGUGUUGAUCCCACUGCAGUGAAAUAACACGGGUUGGAUAAAACAGUAGGAGCGCUGCUGCAGGAAGCAAGGGAGACAAGUUCGAUUACGAGGAGAUCGGAUUUUGGUGUUGCUCCAACGCAACACAGACGGGUCUGGAACAGACGAAGCACUGGAGGGAGGGAUGCUGGGAGUUGGAAAAGGUGAAAUCAAUUCUCCAAUCUCUUCUCUCUCCACAUGCUGGUAUCUUAUUCUCUCCCCCAACAAUUUCUCAAGACCAAAACAUUUUGUUUUACGAUGGAAAUACAAUCAUGAAUGAGAAAUCCACACUUUUGCUGAAGUAACAGGGUAAGCUAAUAACAAUUGUACUGACAAUGUUGAUACUGUUGUUGAAUAUUAUUCCAGUGUUAAAUGACGAUUGAUUUGUAUUGUUUUGAAACUUUAUUUAUAUAAAUAUUUUACGUUACAUAUUUGUAUGAUGUUAAUUAUUUCUUAGCUUACUGACAUUGCAAAAGACCGAUUGACAGUUUUGGAUUCCUGUGUUUUAACCUAUUCUUUGCUCUAAAUGAUCCAUGUUUGAUUUUUUUUUAAUUAUUAUUAUUCUUUUUUGAUUACCGUGAAGUGUAUUUAAAAAGGCAUGACUUGCAAAGUACUUUGUAUGUACUUGUAAAUUUACUAGGAUCCAUUUUUUUUCAUCUGAAGAUGUAACACCAUCAUACUGAUUUGCCAUUUUUUUCACUCGUUUCUGCUUUACAGUACCAAAAGGGUCUGACAGUUUGAGCUGGAUGUGCCUUAAAUGGACUACCACUGAUUUUCCUGUCGUCUUUUUUUAGGACAACAAAUGUACUUGAAACAACCAAUUGACUGAUUUGGAAUGAAUGGUUUUAGUUAACAUGAUGGAUAUAAGGAUUAACAAACAAAAGCAGACAAUUCUUAGAUUCAAACAAAAGCUUUUAAUCUCCUUUUUUUUUUUUUUACAACACAAACUAUUCAAUAAAUCUUGAGCACCAGUAAAAUUUCCAGCCACUACUCGGCUCUUUGUAACUGAUGACCCAAAACCCAGCUAUCAUUGUAAAUCUGAUGUAAAUUGCGUUUAAUGUUCUCGUCUUGUUCUCACGCUGCCUCACUGGGUCGAACUCAAUUGGCUAUGACAUUUGCCAUUUGGGAGUAUAAUAUAAUGGACCCUCUGACGGAGGCUUUUAUUGCUGGGAUGAGCUGUAAAUCUUUUUGUGACUGCUGUAAGAAGGUCACACCUGAGUGAGAGGAGUAUGAUGAUUUAACAUUUGCACAGUAGGCUUUUAAAUAGCCUAAUAUCAUUCCAGUGUGUUGUUCCCAGCUAGGCUGCAAGUGUUGCGUAUAUAAGUUGAAAUAAGUGCUCGAGUAGCCAAACUGAUUAAAAAGCUCCAGUUUAAGGUGUUAUGUUUUAUCAGUCAAAUUUGCCUUUACUGGAGUAAAAAUUAAACAGAAAAUUAUACAAAAUUUGUACAAGUACUUUCGGUUGUACAAAAAGUAGCUGUUUUAUGCAUUUCAAUUUUUCCUGAGUAUGUUCAUAACUUUAAUUUUUUGCUGUAAAUUUCAGGAUGACAGAGGAAAAAUGCUAGUAGAUCAAAAUAUCUUAAAAAACAAGCUUUGUAUUUAUUUCUACAUAAAAAAAUCAUUAAAAAUCGUAUUUGGUUUGAUCACAAGAGCUCUUCCUUAUCAAAGUUCAGUAACAUUAGAUUUUCUCAUUAGCUUCCCUCAUUAGCUUCAAUAGCAUUAGCUUCUCUACUGUUAGCUUCUUUCAUUAGCUUCUCCAGUGUUAGCUUCUCUCAUUAGCUUCAGUAGCAUUAGCUUGUCUAGCACUAGCUUUUCUCAUUGGCGAUGUCUGAAUAGUGCGGGACAAUCUAGUGCCCUGGAUUUUAAAAGCAAAUCAGACACCAUGCUCACGACUUUUCUUUCUUUUUUUUUAAACGGCGGAUAUGACAUCACAGAUUUUACAAAGUAAAAAUUGGAUCAAUACCAGGAUUUUACAAAAAUAGGAGCAUUUUAAAACGUCUGUUUGUUUCUCCACUGUGAUCUGGGGAUGAAAAUGUGGAUGGUUUGUUAAAAAUUUUCUUUUUAACACUUUUUUUUUUUUUUAAAUGGUUUGACCACAAUGCAUUAUGGUCCAUAUUCACUAAUGUAGUGAGCAUCGACACAGACUGGUUUCUCACAAAGACCUCUGGGAAAUUUGGAGACAGCACUACAUUGGACAGCACUACAAAAUGGCAAAGUGACUAUUUUAUUUAUUUAUUAUUUAUUAGUGUAUUUCACAGGGAUAGUGGACAUCAAAAGCAUUGCUGCAAUGCGUCAGAAUUAGCCCAAAAACGAUUUUUUAUCUGUGGUCCCUGGGACUAAAUAGCGCACUAUAUAGUGCACUGUUUAAUGAGUAGGGAAGGAAUUUGGCCAUAGCCAUUAACUUCUUUCACUAGCUUCACUAGCAUUAAUUCAAUUCAAUUCAAUUUUAUUUGUAUAGCCCAAAAUUACAAAGGAAAUUUGCCUCAUUGGGCUUUAAAGACGAAGCAGAAGUGAAGUCCACGGCCAGGAGCAGGAGGACAGACGACCCAGCAGGAAUCACUUCUUAACUUCUAUCAUUAGCUUAGCAUUAGCUUCUCUCAAAUAACUGGAGUAAGGCUAGAAAAAAUGUUCUAAUAAACCUCUUCCUUGGUAAAUCUUCAUGUUUGUAUUUGGAAAUAAUGUGAAAAAACAGAUAUUUAUUGGAUUGAUACCAACAAGGCAAGGGGCAAAAGAAGCUAACAGCAAAAAAGCUCUUUUGUCAGUGGUUGCUAUGGCGAUUCCCGCCAGAAGUAGAUUUAAAAAGAAACAAAGCAAAAAUGAGGGCUUGUAGCUAGGAGACAAAGGCUGGUUAGGAGAAAAGCUUUGAAGAUGCUGUUGCAUAGAAACCAUUUUUCUCACAGAAAACAACAGGUGCCAUCUAAAGCCUAUUUGUUAUAUAAAAGCUAAAGUUGAUUGUAUUUAUGUAUUUAUUUAUUUAUCUUAAGGCAGAAUAAUCCCUCUAAUGAAUUGUCUCCUCAAUUCAGUAAGUCGUUCAAAUUUUUGAUAUAAUUCUGUGGCUAGAAUCUUCAUAUUUAGUUUUAUGCUAAACUAACCCACUUAAAAUCAACCAAACAAAGUGAAGCUAACAGACCAGAGAUUAUUUUAACUAACUCACAGCAGCAGGCAGUUCUUAAAAUGUUGAAGAAAAAUGGAAAGUACUUCCACCUCUUGGAGGCACAUGAGUUUGACUAUGAAAAGGAUUUUUCCCUCAGGUCCAAAGUCCUGCAUGGAUUAAGAGGACUGCACAUUUCAGGAAAAUCAAAACAUAGAUUAACUACUAGAAAGUGUUGCAAAAGCACACAAACUUUUUGGUACUAAAUGCUUCGAACCACAGUGUGUCCUUUUUCUGACACAUUUUCUGCAUCUUCAAGUAUUGAUUUCCAUCAUUUAUUAGCAUUUGAACCAAAUUUUUGCUUCUUAACAAACAAAAAAUUGAUUUUUAUAAGGCCAAGUUCCUCACAAGUGUGUUUGACAUCAAAACCUUAAUUUUUUAUGUCAUUUGACCAGUCAGUAUUUAUGAUACAAUGAGUCUGUGGUGUUUGUAAGGAUUUGCAUGUAUGCACAUAUAUAUUUUUAAAUUAUUUACUGUUUUUUUUCUUUUUUAAUUGGCUCAAAAAUUACACAUUUGAGCAUUUGUGACUUUUGAUGACUGAUGUGUUAUUGUAGGUAUGAGUGUGUUUGAUUUUUUUUUUCUUGUACUAGGAAAGCAACCAGUUGAUUGGUCUAAAAUUUAGGUAUUUCAUUAAAAAAGGCAAAAUUCAUCAGUUGUUACUUGAUAGUUUGAAUUAAUUCCUGUAAACAAAGAAGACCUCUUAGUUUACACAUUUAUCGCCAUCGAAGGAGUGGCGUCCUUUCUCAUUUCUUCAGCUUUUUCUGUCGUUUUUGUUUCUCCCCCGUCAAAUAGAUCUCAUUAUUUGUAAUUGUAUGUGCCUGAAAACAUACGCUUGAUUACCUCUGUGUGUGUGCUCAUUUAUGGAAGAGAGACAAAAGUGUGCAAAAUAGACGUUUAUUGUACAUCUAUCACAACAGGACGUGUAAAUAUUUUACCUCACGCUCAUGAACUUUUGAUAAAAUUGUAUAAAAAAUAAAGAAAAGAAAGAAAAAAAAAUAUUUAUUUGGGAUAAAUCGUAAAUCAGUUUGUCUCACCCCACAAAACUGCUUUUAUUGGGAUUUUGGGCCAGGAAAUGUGCAAUUACUGAUUGUGACACAGACUGAGCACACAUGAGUGAGCUCUGUGUUGAAUCUUUUAAAAGGUUGAUUUUCUCAAACAAACAAAAAAAAAAGCAGCGCACCUUCAUUAAUUGGUAUCCAGAGCACAAUAGACACUGUAUUUUUAUAGAGAUGGUCUUUUUCCACUCUUUUGUCUAAAAUGAUUCUGUUUUUCCACAGAAGAUAACUGACAUCUCUAACCUGUACAGAAUGUGAAAAACAUGUACAUAUGGCGACAAUUUUGUUCACUUUUUUUUUUCUUUCUUUUGUAUGGAGAGAUAUUACAUGUGUGAAGAGAGUAUUUCAAAACUGAUUGAAUAUUUAGUAAUACUGAAAUGAGAUUUAACACAGUUAAUGUCCAAAUAAGUGCUGAGAAAUAAUAUUCUUCUGUCUUUUUGGGAUAAAAGUGUUGAGUAUUAAUAAAAAAUAUGAAAUCUCAA